CGGUCCUGGCGUUCAUUUCAUUCCUGUCCUCAUUCCGCACAUUCUUCGCAUCGCUCGCGCCGCGCCGCGCCGCCCGAGCCGAGCCGAGCCUCCGCGGCCCCGCCGCCCGCCGCGGGCGCCCCCCAGCACUUCGCACACUCGCUUACAGCUCGCGGGGAGUCCGCGCGCCGGGGCCCGGGCCCGGGGCGGCCGCGGCGGGGCGCAGGCCAUGCGCUGACCCCCCAGCGCGCAGCGUCUCCGGAGCGCGGGCAGCUGCCCCGGCGCGCCCUGCCCGUCCCGGGAGCCGGCGAGGCCGGGUUAGGGCUGCCCGGCGCGGGAGUACCGCGGGGAGUACCGACUUGGAGUAGCGCGGGGGCGGCGGCCCAGCGCCCCGAAGUUUGCCGCGCCCGCUCGGGCGGCCGAGGUUUGUUUUCUUGAAAAGGCUCCAGGCUUCGGCUUGGAAAACCCAACCGCCAAAAUUGAGCCCAGCAGCUGGAGCGGCAGCGAGAGCCCUGCCGAAAACAUGGAAAGGAUGAGUGACUCGGCAGAUAAACCGAUUGACAAUGACGCGGAGGGUGUCUGGAGUCCUGAUAUUGAGCAGAGUUUCCAGGAGGCCCUGGCUAUCUAUCCGCCAUGUGGGAGGAGGAAAAUCAUCUUAUCAGACGAAGGCAAAAUGUAUGGUAGAAAUGAAUUGAUAGCCAGAUACAUCAAACUCAGGACGGGAAAGACAAGGACCAGGAAGCAGGUGUCUAGUCAUAUACAGGUCUUAGCAAGAAAGAAAGUUCGAGAAAUUCAAGCCGCCAUUAAGGUGUCUAGUCACAUUCAGGUUCUUGCCAGAAGGAAAUCUCGUGAUUUUCAUUCCAAGCUAAAGGUAACAAGCAUGGAUCAGACUGCCAAGGACAAGGCCCUGCAGCACAUGGCUGCCAUGUCAUCAGCCCAGAUCGUCUCGGCUACUGCCAUCCACAAUAAACUGGGGCUGCCUGGGAUUCCACGCCCUACCUUCCCAGGGGGACCGGGGUUCUGGCCUGGGAUGAUACAGACAGGACAGCCAGGAUCCUCACAAGACGUCAAGCCCUUUGUGCAACAGGCCUACCCCAUCCAGCCAGCAGUCACAGCCCCCAUUCCAGGAUUUGAGCCUGCGUCAGCCCCAGCCCCCUCAGUUCCUGCCUGGCAGGGCCGAUCCAUUGGUACAACCAAGCUUCGCCUGGUGGAAUUCUCGGCUUUCCUUGAACAGCAGAGAGAUCCAGACUCAUACAACAAACACCUCUUCGUGCACAUUGGGCAUGCCAACCAUUCUUACAGUGACCCGUUGCUCGAAUCCGUGGACAUUCGUCAGAUAUAUGACAAAUUUCCUGAAAAGAAAGGUGGCUUGAAGGAGCUGUUUGGAAAGGGCCCUCAAAACGCCUUCUUCCUCGUCAAAUUCUGGGCGGACUUAAACUGCAAUAUCCAAGACGAUGCCGGGGCCUUUUAUGGUGUGAGCAGUCAGUAUGAGAGCUCUGAAAACAUGACAGUUACCUGUUCCACCAAAGUGUGCUCCUUUGGGAAACAAGUAGUAGAAAAAGUAGAGACAGAAUAUGCGAGGUUCGAGAAUGGCCGAUUCGUGUACCGAAUAAACCGCUCGCCAAUGUGUGAAUAUAUGAUCAACUUCAUCCACAAGCUUAAACACCUACCAGAGAAAUAUAUGAUGAACAGUGUUUUGGAAAACUUCACCAUAUUAUUGGUGGUAACAAACAGGGAUACUCAAGAAACUCUCCUCUGCAUGGCCUGUGUAUUUGAAGUAUCGAAUAGUGAACAUGGAGCACAGCAUCAUAUCUACAGGCUUGUAAAGGACUGAACCUGGUUAUUUAUAUAUAGAGAUAUCUGUAUAUACACACACAUAUGUGCACACACACACUCUCCAUUAUCGAACGACUGACUGUAAACCUCACCACACAGGGUGCUACCCUGGCCCCCUGGGUCCCACCCUGACCUUUCUAAUCCUGUUCGAGUGAACUUAUUUUUUUCCAUGUGUUCAUGCUAUCUUUGUAGCUGUGAAGUUGUGAUGCAGUUUUUUGUGUAUUCCUCAGAUCUGCAACCCACAAUUCCUUGGGGAAGGUGAAUCUUACCAGCCUAAGCUAAGCCUCUCUGCAGACCUGUUUCCUGUUGUGGUAGAAAAUACUGAGAAAGAGGAUUGGCCAUGGGGCAUUGACUGCCUUUAUACAAAUGUAUUUAGUUCUUUUUUUGUUUUUCCAACAUGAAAUUCUUGUUUUAAGAUACAAGUAAAAUUAAUCUUUAAAUAUAAAUGUAAAUUAGUACAGGAAAACUAAGAUUCUUUAGACUUAUCUUUAUAACUAAUUAGGAAGGAAGUUAUGGAAGAAUGUAAUUCACUAAAUUAUUUUUUAAAUGAAAUCUUUCUUUUUAAAACCAAAUGUAAAACUAUAGCCUUAAGACAUACUUGGUUAAAAUAUCCUAAUGAGACAAAUUUGUACCUUUCCCCACCCCCACCCACCCCACCCACAAGGUUAAAACUAAUAUCCUAAUUCAUUAAACUCUUGAAACAGGUGUUACAAAGGAGGGAAAUGUCACCCCUUAUCCUUAACAUAUAUAGUAUAUUUAAAAAUGUAAAAUUGUAUUGUACUAAUGUGAUAAUUCAUUAUUUAAUGAAAAAGAAAAGAUGGCUCUUUUUGCAAUAAGUAGAUAAUACUGAAACAAGUCUAAGCUUACAAUGUUAUAGUCUUGUGUGUGCAGUUACAUUUUAUAUGGUCAACCAAAUUUUUUAUGGAGACGAGUUCACAUUUGAGCCACUGAAAUUUAAUAGCAAAUUUAAAAAUUGGCGUGAAUACUGCACUGCGAGUUGCAAAGGAUGCAGAAUCCUGUGGCUGGAAGAACAUUGUCAUCAACUGAGCAAGCAGAAGGCUCAUCAGGCUUAGUGUCUCUGCUCCCCAGAAUGUCACUGUCACCAGCAUCCUCGCCAGCCUGUGGUUAGGUUGUUGCUGGUAACCCAGUAUGCAUAGGAAGCAUAUAUGACUAUAGCUCUAUGUUCAUGCACAUGUGGAUAGUCAGCUCUUUGAGCUCCUGUUUUUUGUCAGUUUGCUAGUUGCUCAUCGCCUCUCUGUCUGCAGAAUAGACAUGGAUAUAUUUUCUCUAAGGGCAUCUGUCCAUAAGCCUCAGUGGCCCUUUACACAUAUUUUCAUUCUCAUUCUCUCUCUCUCUCUCUCUCUCCCUCCCUCUCUCUCUCUGUCACACACACACACACACACACACACACACACACAUCUUUUCAAGCAGAUUCCCUCAUUCUCUUACUAAGAGAAUAUUCCAAAGCAUUACCCAGCAGAGCUGGUCUGCUGUGGCCAGCCUCGGGUUACUUCCCUAAGUACUUUUUCACUGGGGAAGCAGGAAAGGUUACCCUCCGCUUCCCAGGGAAGGUGGGAGGAAAGCAGAGUUUCUUUACACACACACAACUGUUAGGAAUAUGUAAACACAAUAGAAAUGGUACAAACUUUUUACGUUAAAAAAAAAAUCAUGGCUUUUUUUUGCACUAAAGGUAUAAAGUAAAAUUCUACAUCUGCUAUAUCCUGGAGACACGCACACCUUUGCCCCAGCAUCAGCUCUGACUGCUUAUAUCUGGCAUCUUUUGGUUUUUAGUGGGUGGGCGCAGCUGGCAUGUAGUUAAAGAACCACACUGGAUUGACUCUAUCUUCUCCCAGCAGCAUCCCUCAUCCCUGGGAAGACCAGAGGAGCAUGUGUACGAUUUUUCCAUUUGCAAUGUGCCUCCCUUAUGUAAGCCAAUAGGGAACUGUUUCUCCUCAGGAGAACUGCCUAGGUUCCCUGUUUCUAAGCCAGCCCUCAAAGGAAUGGCUACCCUGAGUUUCUCCCCCUUAUCUGUCUGCAAACCAGGUGUUUAAAGAUGUCUCCUGGUUGUGACAUUAAUUAAUCUUUUGGACAACCCUCUUAGGGAGGUUUCUUUAGCUUUGGUUUCCUCUGUCCUUAUUCAAGAGGAACCCCCUACGUCUUGAGACCAGGGAGAUAUGAAUGAAUGGAUACCAGUAAUCUCCUGUGGCUAUAGGUCAUCCCAGAAUGUGAUGGGGGAGAGGUCUGCUACUCAGGAGUGCAGCUGCUCCUCCGUACCUCUAAGGCUCUGAGGACUUAUUUCCCAUGUACCACCUAGAGGAUAGUGGUUGGCAGUGGGGAGGGUAAGAUAUCACAGAGACAGGGCGGCAUGCCUGCUGCCUCACUGUCUGGUCCGCUUCUUCCUAAUGCCUUCCUAGGCAGUAGGAAGGGAGUGUGUGGAUGACCUCACUUUUUGCUCUUAAAACUGCUGUGAAAUUCUUUAAUGUAUAUUACUCUUCCCCCACCUUCUUAUUUUACACCUCCCCUCAUAUCUUCAUCCCUCCCAACUUCUCAUUCUUUCUUGCCUUUAAAAUGAAAAUAACCUUAGUCUUAGUUACAGUUAUAUUGUUACGAUGUUAAUAAUACCCAAAAGCAAGUUGGGGGAUAAAGUGAACUUGCAUUUCCACAUCCUAGUCCAUCACUGAAGGCAGUCGGGGCCUCAGGACCCUGACACUACAAGUUGAUACAGAGACCAUGGAGGAGUGCUGCUUACUGUCUUGUUCCUCAUGGCUUGCUCAGCCUGCUUUCUAAUAGAAUCCAGGACCAUCAGCCUAGGGAUGGCACUAUGCACAAUGGGCUUUCCCUGCCCCCGUCACUGAUUAAGAAAAUGCCCGACUGGCUUGCCUACAGCCAUUUCUUAUGGAGAUGUUUUCUCGAUUGAGGUUCUGUUUUCUCAGAUGACUCUAGCUUGUGUUGGCAUAAAACUAGCCAGCACACCCACCAUGGCCAGUUUGUGCUGCCCAUACUCCUGGGUGUGGGGACAUCCAUUGAAACAUGGUCGAGCCUGCCAGGAACCACGCUCUUAAACUGAGUUCUUUUCCCCCAGAACCAUCAGCUGUCAAUAGCUCCUCAGCCUUGCAAUGUUAACCAAUUUGCUCUCACGGUUGCUGAAGGUGAUGAAUACAGUGGCUCUGUCAUGUCUAUGCACCACACCCCACCUUCUGUUCUUGGUCUCUGCUCUGUCUUCAGAGAGUUUCCCUCUCUGAAUCAGUGACCCAGUUACCCCAAAGUUGCUUUAUUUCCCAAGUGAAAGCCUGGGUUUGGGGUGGGAGGUUCUGUUCUAACCUCUAAUCUGAGUCUUUAAUCUUUGGCUCCUUCUGCCCUCUUCUCAGCUUCCUAAAGCUUAUGGGCACCAUUGCUGAGCCCUGCCCUCACCGUUCCCUCCCCAGAGCUGUCUCACAGUGACUGGGACAGAUCUGUCAUGGAUAUAAUGUAGACAUCUUGCUUAGCCACUGCAUAGUUUAGAGACCAUCUUUCCAGUGAAAGAGACGUAAAGUCCACCCAAAACUUAUUCAGAACGUGUCCUGGGACCCCCUAGAGUCCAGCUAACUGGAGGCCAGGGACAUUAAUUGGCUGUACCCUGUGCAUCGUCGGAGGAUUGAGAAUUCCUAGCCAUUUCCACAGUUCUCACAGCUCAUUGCCCUGGGUUUUGCAAGGUUCAACCUCAGUUAAAAAUGGCUGCCUUUGCCAGGCACGCUUUUAAUCCCAGCACUUGGGAGGCAGAGGCAGGUGGAUUUCUGAGUUCGAGGCCAGCCUGGCCUACAGAGUGAGUUCCAGGACAGCCAGGGAUACACAGAGAAACACUGUCUCGAAAAACCAAAAAAAAAAGGCUGCCUUUUCUCUUACUAGUCAUAUUAGCAUAUUGAUAACCAGUUUUUCUCUGAUGCUAUGACCCAACUCUUCUUCCCCCACCCCCCAAUUUUUUAAGGUCAGGAAAAAGCAAGUGGCAAUAUUCUUCAGCAGCAUCCUGUCUUCUGUCAGAGGACUCUCCUGCACAGCCACCAUCUCUUUCUUGCUGCUUUCUCUCCUGUCUGGGGAAGCUGGGGAAGGCCAGCCAGAAGUUUCCCUAUAGCCAUCUGACUCUUUCUUAAAGAGCACUUCUGAUUUGGCUUAUAGCCUACUUUUUCCCAGGGCUUAAAAAGAGAAAAUCCCCUCCCCCGCCUGGAUCUUUCUCAGCUCCCCAUCUCCUCCUCCUGCUCCUCCUCCUUUUCCAGGUAGGGUAUAUCUGCUUCUGCUGUCCAGCUCAUGCUCCAUGAUAUCUGUUCUAUCGCUUCCAUCUCUAGGGAUGGAGCAGGUCUGGAUCUGUUCCAGAAGGUGCCUCGUACUCAAACUAAAAGAGAGCACAGUCCCAUUCCCCUUCAUCUUGAGGGAUGAGAGGUGCCUGGUCCAGUCUCAGUCACAGGACAAGGGUGAGGGUUUCUCUUUCAUCUUUGGCCUCUCCUGGGUGGAAGCCAUCUUUCCUUGGUGCUCUGUGCUUAAGUGACCCCUGGGAAUGCAUGGACAGAGUCAGUUUAGAUCCCCUAGAGCUGUCUGGGGACCACAAGUAGAUGGUGAGGCUGAUGGGCCAUUUGUUUCCUCAGAAGACAGUUCUCCAGCCACAGGCUUUGAGUCAAAUUUCUAUUUACCGCACAUCCCAGCAACAAAGUCCUGCCCACACGCCAGCCAAAAGAAAUCCCUUGGUGUUAAAAUUCUUCAGAGGACUUUUAGAUCCAGAUCUUCUUUUGGCUUCAGUACCACAGUGGCAUUAGCCAUCUUUUUAUACAACCAUUUAUUAUUGAAGUCACCUGACGGUCAGUUUUACAGACCAGGUACCUGUAAUUUGUAUAAUUUUGUCUAUGCUCGGGCACACCAUGCCUGUCCCAAGAAAGGGUAGAAUACCUGUGUGUUGGUGUCCUCACCUGUGACAUUAGGAUGCUUGAGUUGCUGGCCUCUUCUGUGUUGAUGUUUCUGUGGCUAAGCCCUGCCCGUGUCGUUCCUGAAAAGCCUUAAAUCUUGGAGAAGUCACGUGGCAGGGCGUCAGUACGACAGGCUGCCUGGGAACCAUGAGCCCUUUUGUAAGCUGGAAGCGUUUUUCUUACUACUGUUACUUUUCAUAGUUUUCAGUUCACAGCUGCCAAAGCCUCCCAGUAAAGCAGUGCCUUAGUAAUACCUGUAGCCGCCAGCCUUUCUCAGCCUGUUCUGGGUGUCCACUUGCUAAUUGGCCCCAUAUCAGAAGCAGGACAAGCCAAAAUCGUUCUCAUUUGUGUUUCAAAAGCCCGUUUUUUUAAAUCCAGCUCCAUAGGAAGCUGAUGACUUGGUUUCAAACAACCUGAAUCAGAACCCAAGUCGAUUCUUUGACCAUGCUCUCACGUACGUAUCCAUACCAAAACUAAAGGCUGCCGCUCUGCAGCUUGCUAUGAAGAGCGAAUUGUACUUUUCAUUGAUGCCUUUUUCAAUCCAUGACCAAAUACUUAGCUAUUUGUGAAUCUUCUGCACUCCAGCUUGAAAGUGCCUUUGGCUCGAGAUUCCAGCUUAGAAAGUGCCACCAUAAUAACGACAAUUUGUAGAGAGACCAAAAAUAUUUCGAGAUCACCAUAAUGCCUUUGGUUAACCGGGAUGAAUAACCAACCGCAGGCUUGUCUUCAUGAGAGCAUCGAGCACCGUGUGGUCCCUGCCUGCUGUGAGUCUGCCUGCCAGUGGGGAACCCCACCACCACUGUCCUGUACAGCACAGUGCGGCAGUGGGAAGCCCUGCGAACUGUUGUGUCUGUGUGUGCCACCUCUCCCCAGCAUGUCCACCAAGUCUUCACCCGGCUCUGCGUCCCUGGGAAGGAACUUAACGCACAAGCACCCGAAUCCCGGCCAGUGGGUGGACACCAUGGCUCUGCCUUUCCCGUGUCCGCGUCCAGACUGUGGAGACUCUCGUCCACUGGAACGACAGUGUGCACUUACCUGCCUACACAUUUGGUUGUUGGAAACCUCGAAUUGAGAUGACAGUGCAGAACAAAAAUUAAAAAUGGGUUCACUAGGGUCAUUGCAGUUGAAGUGUCUCUGGGCAGUUUUGCUGGCUCCGGAUGUCCGAAUGUGCUGUGAGAGACUUGCGAAGAGCACACCAUUUGCAAUUUGGCAUUUUCAAGGAUGUUCUAGUCCUCAGCCAACUCUUUAAAGUGUGUGUCAGCUUAGAGUAAAACCUUUUUGCAUCUGGAAACCCCAUACCAUAAGGAGAAAGAACAAAGGAGGCAAAAAGAAGCCAGGAAAAAAAAUAGGUGUUUUGUUUUGUUUUGUUUUUUCUUCUUUUGCUGAUGUAGGUGUGAAAGUAAUGACAGACAACUCUGAAAGUUAGCCUCAAAAACUCUACCACACACUUUCUCUCGGCCCCUCCCUGGUACCUAAGGAAUAGCCGCUCUGGGCUCUGAAAUUGCCCGAGUGAUUUGUAUCCACCCCAAGUUGUGAGUAUGUAUAAAAAGUCCAGGUUUUGUUUUUGUUUUUGUUUUGUGCUUUAAAAGAAAAAGCAACUAUCAAAUGAAAAGGGUAAUUUCUCAGCACAGGUUAGAGUUAGUAGUUUGCUGUCGUGUACCCCCCUGGCAGGGACGCACCACAACUUGAAGAACUUAGUCAAAUGUGUGUUCUCUUGUGCCUCUCUCUAGCCGUUGCUGUCUCGUUUGCAGUAGUUUUCUCUCCUGAACUCUUUGCUUAUAUCUUUUAAAAUGAAGGUUUGUAUUUUAAAUUUACUGUGUUGCAAAGGGUAGGCCUCACUGAAGUCACGCAUCAUUAACUAAGAUGAGAUAUCUGUAUUUAUUGUUCCUUCCUAAGCUGUAACUUGUCUUCUCUGUGAAUCUGCCUUGGGUCCCGUGGCCCACACUAUAUCAUUUUAGAUAAAAGCAGCCUUUGUGUAUGUCUCCCACCUUAUUCAUUCAUGACCAUGGUGUCAGGUCUCACUAGACUCCAGCCUUGCUCGGCCUGGCCCCUGUUGGUUUUUACCACGGGCAUUCUGUCUCUUCUCUCUCUAAGAGAGGCGGGCAGAAUCCACACAUCCAUCAUGUUAGAAAACCUGUCUAUGAGUUUUGUGUUUUUAUUUUUCAAAUUAAUUGUUUUCUGUGAUUAGUUUCAAUGUGUAAAAUAGAUUAUUAACUGCACUUCUUUAAAAAAGAAAAAAGGAUGUCCAUCUCCUGUUACCUCCUUGAAAGAUCAGCUUCUCUAGGCCUUUUCCAGUGGGCUUAUGACUUCAGACAAGGAAAGAAAAACAGUAAAAACAAAAUAGUACGUGCCUGAAAAAUGACAAAAAAAAAUCUUUUUGUAACGUUUAAAAAACCUGAAAAGCCUUUACUUCUUUGAUACGCUCAAAUUUUAUGUAAAUUGGUUUUUGCCACGUGUGUUCCUUCGGAUUCUAAGCGACUUCAUGGCUUCUCUGUUGUCUCCUGUGAAGUGUAUAGGAUGGGCUUGUGGCAUUUCAUCUGGUCAGUGGCUCUAUUGAUACUGUACUGCUGCUGGGACUGGGCCGGAACCUGAGCAUCUGGGUGACUGGGUUCCUCUUGGGGGAGAUUGUGGAGAAGGGGGUGAGGUGGCUCAUUGAUGUUUCCUUAAACUGUUUGCAGAAACUUUCAAAAGGCAUUUGACUACCCUCCCGGCAGUACAGCGUUCAUGUACUCGUUAACGUUUGUGUUAGGUACUGGUACCUUCUUGUUUAAAAAAAAUGUUCUAAGUGUUGGCUUUAAAGUGAAUUUAUCUUUAGUAUGAUAGUUAUAUGAAAAUUAUAGGGUUUGUGUGCAGAGAAUUUUUUUAUAAAGUGCUUUGUAAAAAAAAAAACAAAAACAAAUGUAUUCUAGCUUUCGCGGUACAUAUGUGUGAUAACUUUAAUACCCAUGACAGUUAAGUGCAAUUAUUUCAUCACUCUAAAAAUGCUAUUUUUGUGUCAGUUCCUGCAGGUGUUUUCAUGUCUUUGCAAAGUGACACAUUUUGAUGCCUUCUUGAUAAAGUGGUAGACAUUUUGUAGCUUUCUAGAAACUUUGUAUCCAUACGGUAUCAAUGAAAAAUAAAGAAAAUGAAAGUGUGGGUCACCUUUCUUAUCUGCAA